CUCUGUCUCUUCUUGGAUAACAAGAUAGAGGAAGAUAGGAAGUCAACUAAACUCUGGUUAACAGUUAACCGACGUUUGUGAAACUGGAUCUUAGAGAUGCAUAACUUUUAUACCUUCCGUUCUACAUUUGACAUGUCCAUUUUGGUCGAUUAUAACCUUUCCUGUAGUAUCCUUUCGCAUGUAUGCUUUUUCCAUAUUGUUUGUGUCCUCCAUUUUUCCCUUUGCUAUUAAUUCCUAUAUACACAGAAAUCACAUGCUAUAUAGAUUUGGAAAUAAAGGAAAAGGAUAUUUUUGUGUAUUUUGUAAAACUUACUAUUGUGUGUGUCUGGUGUGUGUACGCGUGUACGCGUGUAUGUGUGUGCUUGCACCAGCUUACACUGCUUGUACUGACUCGAGACCUAGUGCAGCCAGUUCAGUGAACUCGUGCACUGAGUUCUAUUGCACUGGAACAAGAAACAGUAUCGAUGACGUCAUUUCGGGAACAGAAAACGCUUUAGUGUACACUUCUUGAACUAGUGCAACCAGUGCAGGAACAGAAAACAAACCUACAGUGUUACACUGCUCGACACAGUAAAAAGCUAAGUACAAGCGUGUAAAAUAUCCCAGUGUUACCAACAUUUAGAAAAUUUUAUAUUUAAAUUGUGGUAUUAAUGUUUUUGAACAUAACCUAUAAAUAAUAUAAUAGUAUACGAAUAUUCGAAGACGUUAGAGGUAGAUCUACCGCACAAGCUUUUCCGCAACGCGUUAUGUUAAGUUCUGAAUAUAAACUUAAAUCCGUACGUAAACUUAGUAAUUCACGCAAGAAACGCACAAAGAAAAUCAUAACGUAUUAUUGCGUCAGGCUGUUGCUACUUUAUGAUUUUCUUUGUGCAUUGAUUGAAGUUUAAGGUUACAAACGGUUCUAAGUUUACAAUGGUCACGUUCAGUAGAACGUUCAUUUUGCAACUGUUGGAAGUUUUCUUAAUUCACUCUUCGUCUCUUUCUGUUUCCCUUAAAAAGAGACAAAAAGUGAGUUAAGCUAAGGUUAAAAUGAAGCGACAUGUACUAUUCCAUUAACGUAAUGCCCUUUAGUACGAUUUUUAGAAAUUAAACCUAUACUUUCACCGUUCCAACAAGAAUUUUACACGGUGUAACACAGUGCAAUUUUGUGUGUCUUAGCUGGAAAACGCCCUGUAACAGUCAUUCCUCUCAGCUUGCACGAUCGAGAUCGGCCAUCUCGACGUGCGGUUGCGAUAUAAUAAAGUAUAUUCGUAUUACACUUAAACGUGAGUUGCAUCAUUACCGCCUUAGCUAAAAUAAAACCAGCUACCGGUACGGGAAGUUCUGUGGCACUUCUGCCGGGCAGAGUGGCCAGAGCGAGGAGUGAGGACGAGAGUCACGCGAGAGUCGCGUGGUAGGGAUGACGCACACAAUGACAAAGCACGUCUGUGAGCGCUGGGAGCUUCGGGCCGCCUCGGCUAAAUAGACGGAGAUAGCCACAUAUGUCUCUUUCUUUCUCUCGCGCUGCGUUCUCGCUCGCUGCUCGCCCGGCUCGCCGAGCUGCUAGCCGCCAGCCGGUAAUAAAGAACACUGAACAGGGCCUCUAUUCUUGAAUUCAUUCGUAAAGGUCGGUCUACAAUAAGGUUGUAGCGCAGUAGCAGUAGUGAGUAAGUUUUAAGAUCGCAAGCCGUAACACGAUUCCUACGGCUAGGCUCAUCUACAAUCAAUUGAGAACGGCGCUGUUGUGCUUUCGAGUUUAGGUUAAGAAAUGAUGGAUGUGAGAAAAGCCUGCCUGUGGUCGCUGUAUCUUGCAAAUUGGAAUAAUUUGCUACUGCUGGAAUAUGUCUGGCUGAAAAGGAAGAGAAGGUUGAAUCGUCGCCGGUGGUGGGUACGGCCGGUAAAUCGUGUGAGAGACGCCCAAGGUUUCUACUCUAACCUCGUCAGGGAACUACUUGAAACUGAUCACGAAGAAUUUUUUACGUUGUUCCGAAUGUCGCCUGAACAGUUUCGUAUUUUGGUUGAGCUCCUUCAUCCUCGUCUUAAAAAGCGAAGUAAACGCACACCACUACCAACAGACCUUCGUGUUGCCGUCACAUUGCUGUAUAUAGCUCAAGGAGACACAGCCAAACUGAAACACGUGGAAUUUAGAAUUGGGACAUCCACGGUGUACAAAAUAAUACACGAAACUUGCAGAGAGAUUUGGAACGUACUUCAGCCUCUUGUUUUGAAAAAUCCCAGCAAGGAAGACUGGAAGACCAUCAGUAAUGGCUUCAUGAUAUCCUGGCAGUUUCCCAAUUGCUUAGGGGCCAUUGAUGGCAGACAUAUGAGGAUUCAAGCACCCUCGAAUUCGGGCUCGAAUUACUUCAAUUACAAGCAGUUCUUCAGCAUGGUUAUGAUGGCAGCGUGUGAUGCACAGUACAAGUUUACAUGGGUGGAUGUCGGACAAUUUGGUUCCAUAAGUGAUGGCGGGGUAUGGGCCAACACUGAUUUUGUAGAGGAUUUAUCAUCCGGAGAUGUGCCCUUGCCUGAUCCCAGCCCACUUCCAGGAAGCGAAGUGCCCUUUCCCUAUGUGUUUGUGGGAGAUGAAGCAUUUCCACUCACAACUUACAUGAUGCGGCCGUAUCCAAGGAAAACGUUAACAGAUGAAAAAAGAAUUUUCAAUUACCGUUUGUCCCGAGCACGGCGGGUAAUUGAAAACGCUUUCGGAAAUUUGACUGCACGAUGGAAGAUCCUACAAAGACCACUCUGCAUGUCACCUACCAACUGCGAAAAUAUCUUCAGAGCCCUUCCCUGCCUUCAUAAUUUUAUUAUGAUGGCUGAAGAAGAAAGAAAUUGGAAUGACAGAGAAUACUGCCCCAGAAACAUGAUUGAUGUGGAAACAAAGGAUGGGACUAUCACAGAUGGGGAAUGGAGGAAUUACUGCAUUUCGUACUUCGCUAGGCUUGGCCGAGUCGGGGCUAAUCGAGCUGGAGAUAUUGCCAAUGGGAUGAGAAAUUAUUUACGAGAUUACUUUGUGUCAUCGAUUGGAGAGGAACAGGCACCUUGGCAAUACAUCCAUGCCUUCAGGGGAAAAGACAUCAACUUUCUGGAAUAA